AUGCUCGCAUCGCCGCUCAGACGCUGCGCUGUCUCGCAGGCCGUGCUGCCCUCCGCUCUGAUGAUGCGUCUUGAGCCGGUCGACCUGCCGGCCUCUGAGGCGAGCGACAAAUCUGACAGCACGCGAGCAGAGGAAGCCACAAGUCCAGGUGACGAAGGCUCUCCUGCGGCUUCGAAGGCAAAGGCAGAAGCUCUGGGCCCCGACGUGGAGAUCGCUCCGGCAGAGGCGAUUCGACAGCGCAUACUGCUCCCGUCCAAGCUACCGUCAACUCAGCGGACAUUGGGCCGGCAUGGGCGUGGAGUCUGGGUCUCGCUUGACCACGAACUCGCCAGAUUGGCGACGGUGCGGGGCGUGAACCGCAGACAUGUCGGCUGUGCACCGCCGCCCGAGAAUCUGCCCUCGCUGAUCUCCGACGAGCUAUGCAGGCAGCUGCUAGACACGGCGAGAUCUUUGCACGGUGCCAAGGCGGGCAGGAAGCAAAAUUGGCUCGUUCGGCGCGUCAAAGGCCGCGCCUGGCAGGAGCUGCUCGGCGUCACCAGCCAGGAACACGAUGCGCUCGCUACGGACACGCCAGACGACGCCGUCUGGCAGGCCCGGCAACAGGUCUCGGCCGUCCUGGUCUUCCCGGGCGAAAACGCGCCAAGCCCGUUCCCAGACGACCUGUCCGGCUCUGCGCCUCCAACCGAAGGGAACAGCACGCCGCAGGCUGAUCAGUCUCCGCCUUCGGACCUGCCUCCCGCGCUUCGACACAUGAGCACGCCGCCAGUCUACGAGAUGGCGAAGCUCCUUCCUGCGGCUGCAGUGCAGACGCUUCAUGAAGCUCUGCGCGCUGUCAGCAUCAAUCUGCAGCAGACCAAGCCGGCUAAGGUCUCCAAGACUCAGGCCGAGCGCACAGAUGCUGCGGCCGAGGGCUUAGCAAACGCAUCAGCGCAGAGCAGCAAGCCACGCGUGAUCGCUCUCCAGCGAAGCGCCACGAUUGUCCCUUUCGCCAUUGCGCUGCAUCGACUCGCGCUCUGGCAAGGCCCGUAG